GCUCGAGUAUUAUCCGAGAAACAGUAAUAAAACAGCAGAUAAGAUAGCAAAGGAGGCUUUUUCUUUACAGAAUCAUGUCUCUAAACUAUAUUCUAUUGUGCCAGUUUGGUUAAUGAACGAAAAGUAGCAGUUGAGCCACAAAAAAAAAAAGUUACACACAGAAACAGAAACUCAAAUAUAAAGAUCCCACUCUCUCUUCUAUGAGAAAAUACUGAUUAUGAUGGAUAAGUUUGGUUGGUCCUUCUCGUCUUCUUCUCCGAUCGGCAAGAAUAGUGAUGACGAAGGAAGAGAAAAUGAAGCUGAAUCUCCUUACAAGGGUCCCCUUGAUACGAUGGAAUCUCUCGAAGAAGUUUUACCCAUCAGGAGAGGGAUAUCCAAGUUCUACAAUGGGAAGUCCAAGUCUUUCGCCAGCUUAAACAAUACUGAAUCCUUGUCGAUUAAAGAUUUAGGGAGGCCAGAUAACCUUUACAGUCGCCAUCGGAGAAAUCUUCUCCGUCACCGGCUUUAUAGUCAAGGUGGGAUCUCGAAGAAACCGCUCAAGGGCAACUUCACGGUGGUCUCUUCCUGCGGCGAUGAUUCGUCUUCAGCCUCUCAUUUAAAACAUCAGCAUUGACUGAUACCACUGAUAGAGUAUCUAGCGGAAAUGUUUUUUUGAGAAUUAAAAUUUUAAAAUAAAAAAAUGGCUGUUUUAAUAAGAAGAUGACACACACUGAGAGAUACCUCAGUUUCUUUUUGGAGUCUCUUCGCAAAUAAACGAUUCUAAAGAUU